AUGCAUUUCCUCCUCCGUCGCCUUCGACAUUCCGACCACCACCACUACCAGUUGCAGCUUCGAUGCCUCUACGACGCGGCGGCUUCGGUGAAAUGCGUCCGUGACAGGGGACUCGACCACGCAGUCGAGAGAGAAAGAAACCUUAAGCCAGUGCUGAACCUAAAAAAUCUCAUAAAAUCAGAGCCUUCAAAGUCUCUCCCGCUGUCGCUGAUAUCUCAAUCCAGAGAUUCUCUUAAAAUUCCAAUUCGUCCCAUUGAAUUCAUCCGAAAAUUCCCUUCAAUUUUUGAAGAAUUUCUCCCUGGUGGCAUUGGCAUUCAACCACACAUCAAGCUGACCCCGGAAGUGCUGAAUUACGACAAGGAAGAAGAAAUUAUCUACCAAAGUGUAAACUACAGGCAAGAUGUUGCUGACCGUCUUUUAAAGCUUUUGAUGAUUCGUAGAAUUAACAGCAUUCCACUGAGUAUCAUUGAUGGGCUGAGGUGGGAACUGGGUUUGCCUCAAGAUUAUGUAAAAACUGUUGUUCCGGAAUUUCCAGAUUAUUUUAGAGUGAGAGAUGAUGCAAAUGGAGGGUUUUUGGAGUUAGUUUGUUGGAGCAAUGAGCUUGCAGUUUCAGCCUUGGAAAAGGGGAAGGAGCCAAUUGAGUUUACUUUCAAGUAUUCCAAUGGUUUUGAGAUGGAUAAGAAAUAUAAAAAAUGGGUGGAUGAGUGGCGAAAGUUGCCAUACAUCUCACCUUAUGAAAAUGCCCUGCAUCUUGCGCCAAAAAGUGAUGACUCCGAUAAGUGGGCAGUCGCAGUUUUACAUGAGAUUCUUAAUCUUUUUCUUGGAAGUAAAGGAGAGAGGGAGAGUGUACUUAGCUUAGGCGAGUGGUUGGGGCUCAGGUCGAGGUUUAAGAGGGCAUUGUUACAACAUCCGGGGAUAUUCUACGUGUCAAGUAAGAUUGGAACUCAUACGGUGGUUUUGAAGGAGGCUUAUAAAAGGGGCAUGUUGAUUAAGAAGGUUCCUUUGAUGGACAUGAGGUACAAGUAUGUUCAAUUGAUGAACUUGGUGAAGGAGGAUAAAAGAUCGAAGAGUGUAGAGCAAAAGAAGAGUCGUGAUCUGAAGGGAGAUCAAGGGGAAGAAGCAUUGGAAGAUGAUGAAAGUCGUGCGGAAGAAGAUGAGGAAAUGCAUGAUUUGUCUGAUGAGGAGAGUGAUUGUGAAUAUGAAGAAAGAAUGAAUUCAAAAAAUAGGGGAAACUUAUCAGGGAAAAGAUAUAAAGAGAAGGAGUCUCCAAGAACUGUGUUGGGAAGAUCACCUGGAAGAAACUCGUCCCAAAAUGCAGGCAAAAGUAACACUAAAUUUCAUCUAAGAACAGAGAUUCAAGAUUGUAAAAGUGCUUGUGGUGGAUCACUGGAGAGAUUUAAUGUUCCAAGAAGAAAGAAUAAGUCUGUUUCAAGGGAAAGGGCUUCUACGUAGGGGGUGUUCAAUGAUGGACGGAAUCAACCAGAAAAGUAGGUUUCUUUUUGCUUCAUAAAGACUUUAUGAUUUCAUAAAGCUAUAUUAUAUUCCUUUCUGCUGUAACAUUAUGUAACAGAGUCUUUACCUAUUAAUUUAUUUCUCUGAUGAAUCCAUGAACUAGUUACGUUUCA